GAGACCAAGUCGCUGGUGGACGCGAGGUGGCUGGUGGAUGUGCGGGCGCCCGACUGGCCGCUGUCGGACGUGGUGGAGGACAUCAUCUCUCUCGUCGCGGUCCCCACGAAGGCCACGGCGCUGUCGGCCACGGAGUUCCUCAAGUGGUGCUGCGACACGGAGCCAGAGUCCGACGGCGUGGGCGGUGUCCGGGACGCCUUCACGCAGGCCCUGUCGCUCGUGCUGCAGGAGUCCAAGAAGGUCAAGGGUCGCACGCCCGCGGCGGAGCUCAAGCGGCUCCUGCCGUGGCUGAAGCUCUUCUGCAGGGAGGGCCCCGGCAUGGGCAAGGACCGCUUCCCCGCGCGCUGGCUUCCCGCUUGGCAGCCGGGCGCCGACGGGGUCCGGCCCAUGCUGAACGACGACCCCAUCAAGGCGGCCAUGCUCACGCCGGCGCAGGGGUUCCAGCUCCUGGGCGUCCUCGACCACCCGGAGAGCCGCUUUCCGUCGCUGGCGCGCCUCGAGAAGCGAGACGCGGAGCUGCUCGCGGCGCUCGCGGUGGCGAAGAUGAGCGGCUCGCAGCUGGAGCUGCGGACCAACGUCGUCGGCGCGCCCCGGGCCGACGCCGCCGCGUCUGACAGGCUGAUGAUGGUGCUGAAGCUGCUCUGGCGAGCCGCCGGCCUCGAGUUCAACUUCCAGGGCGCGCUGCGGCUGAACAAGUGCGAGCGCAUCACGCGCCAGCUCGCCCUGACCGGCUCCAGCGACAACGAGGUGGACGCCUUCGCAGUGUGGGGCGACGCGGAGCGAGAGGGAGACACCGUGCUGCUCAUCGCCGGGGACCCCGAGGACUACGCCGCCGAGGUGGAGGAGUUGCUUGAGGCCAAAUUCCAGGUCGUCUUCAGUGCCUGCUCACAGCGACCGUCGAAGGUCCUGAGGCUGCUCAGCCACCUCGAGAGCAAGGGCACGUUCGACAAGUUCGUGAACAGAGAUUUCCCUGGGUUCUCGGACUUCGACGCCGCCGCGCGCCGCAAGCGGGAGGAGAGGGCCCAGGCCGCGGAGCGCGCGCGGCUCGAGGCCGAGGGGGCCGAGAGGGAGAGGAGGCUGGCGGAGGAGAACGCGGAGAAGCUGGCGGCGGAGCAGCGCGAGAAGGAGGACCGGGACGCGGAGCGGCGCGAGGAGGAGCGCAGGGCCGCGGAGGCGGCCGCCGAGCGGCAGCGGGAGGAGGCCCUGAAGAGCAUGUCCGAGCUGGAGAAGAGGAAGGCCGAGGCGGUGAGGAAGGCCGAGGAGGCCCAGAGGAAGCUGGCCGACGAGGCCGCCGCCCGCGAGAGGGCGGAGGCCGAGAGGCGGGUGGCAGCGGACGAGGGCAGCGACGAGGAGGAGGGCGCCGAGGAAGUUCCCGACAGGUACGAGAUCCUCGCCCAGACCAGGCAGGCGGCGGAGCAGGCCAAGAAGGACAGGGCGAGGAAGGCCGCGGAGGACGCGAAGAAGGCCGCGGAGGAGGCGAAGGAGGCUAAAGCCAAGGCCGCGGAGGAGGCCAAGAGCAAGGCCAAGGCGGAGGGCGCGGAUCCUGCGGACGGCGAGGAGGACGAACUCCAAGCGCUGGUCCUGCGGAUGAGGUUGAGCGAACCAUGCGGUGUCAGCUGCCACGACACGAACCUGUCGUACACUGAGCUGCUCAAGCAGGUCCACUACGCCAAGGAGGCCGUGCAGAACAGGGACGACUUCCAUCGCAGCGUGAUCCAGUUCAAGGUUCAGACGAGGGGGAAGAUGCCUGCCAGCCUGAAGAACCCCAAGCACCCCUUGUACAAGUGCGUGUACCCGCCGCCCCCGAAGCCAGAGGACGACCUCACUCAAGAGGUCGCCAAUCGGCUGAUGCCCCCCAGCGUCAGCAUUUGGCGCAGCAACGUGCGAGGGGGUUGGCAUUUUCACGUGAAGGGCCACGCUCGGGGCAGCGAGCCUUGGGGCAAGCACGGUGGCUCCAGCUACCAGGCCUUUCUCGCUGUGCUGAAGCGUGCGUGGUCCACCUGGCUCCGCGAUCAGACCUUGGACAUCAGCAGCUGCCCCAUCAUGGGGGCUCUUUUAAGUCCAGGCGACAUGGUCACCGACAGGAUGUUGUCCCACAAGAAGGGCUGCAACAAGCACUUCAAGGACGAGCUGAUCGCCGAGGGCUACCGGGAACUCGCCCGCGCCCUCGGCGCCGGCGCCAACCGCACGGGAGCGGCGCACGGCGCUUGCGAGCUCGCUGCCCGCUGCGGCAACGCGGGUGGUGGCGCGCGCGACGAGGCCCGCCUACCGCUGGCGCGCCCGGCGCGCCUGUCACAGCUGGCCGCGGUGGAUGGCAUUGGUAGCGAGACCCGCUCUGAUCACAAGUCCGGCCGGACUGCACGCAGCUGCCAGCCAAGGAUCAGGAUGAGCAGCCUUUCGGUGAAGCCCACGGGUGAAGUGCAGUGCGAAGCUGGCGCCACGGGCAGCAGCGUCGUCGCAGCUCCUGCUGUUGCCAGCGCUGCCGCCGUGGGCACUGCCUCCGUGACCUCCGCAGAGACUGCCCAGCAAGGAGCACACGAGGCGGACCGUGACCAAGGGACGACGGCGGUGCCAGGCAGUGCCUGCCGAGAGCAGCAAGAGCAUGGGCGCGGCAAGACCUCGAAGGACGGCAGCCUGACUUGCAUGACCGAACGGCCCCACUGGCCGUCGUCGACGAUUGGAGAUCAGCUGAAGCUGCUGCAGAGGGAGCAUGACCACCAGUGUGUGUUCGUCGCCCGGCGGCUUCACACCUUGAGCUUCGCGUCGGAGAGGCUGGUGGCGUCGCACUUCUCGGCGUUCGGGCAGGUCAAGAGGGUGCUGAUCGCGCACACGAAGGCGACGCGCUCCCUCGAGGCCGCGGCGCGGGUGCGGCCCGGAAGCAUCGGCUUCGUGGUGAUGGCGCACGCCAGCGCCGUCACGCGCAUCCUGGAGUCGGGCAGCCAGCAGGUGGUAGCCGGGAAGAGCAUCGUCCUGGAGCCGUUCCGCCCCGGCAGUAACACGGGCAAGAUCCCAAAGGACCUCCAGGGAGCCCUCGAAAAGUUGCGGUCCACCUUCGAGGGCGACCUGCGGAAGUGGAUUAACGCCAAGAAGAGGGCUGAGCGAAUCGAGCGCGACGUCAAGAUCUUCUCCGAAGGGCCAGGGCGAUACCCACCUGGCACCAGGCCGUUCCGAUCCUCAUCGACGUUAUCGGAGCUGGAUGAGAAGUGGGAGAAGAGCACCACUGGCGAGCACAGCAUCACCAUCACCAUUCCCAAGGAGUCCACUCACAGGGAGGCGAUGGCACACAUGCACUGGGAGGCAGCACGGAUCCACAAGGACAUCGAGUUCGCUUCAGCCCAACACAAGAUGGGGACCACGAGGGCGGCUGCGCAAAGGCAUACUUUUGCAGAAGCGGUCUCCGCGCUGGUCCGGGAGGCGAAGGACAAGGACCGCGCGGCGGCCCUCGGCCUCAACGAACCCUUGUACGAGACGAUCCCCGAGGACGCCGUGCAGGAGAAGGCCGAAGCACUCUACCAAGCUGCAGUGGACAAAAUCUCCAAAGAGCUGAAGCAUGAGCCCGAGGAGGCCUCCGACAGGAUGGAGGACGACCAUCAGCCAGAGCUGCACCCUGCCGCCUCAAAGUUUUGCGAAACGGUAAUGACAAAAAACGGGGCCGCCCCGGCUGGCAAGCCGGGGGGGGCACAACACAUCGGCAACGGCAAGGGCAAGUACAACACCAAGUACAACACCAGCACGAACAACACGUUUACUGGCUAUCCCAAGAAAGACGACAGGCGCAAGGGCAAGACCAACGCGUCUCCCAAAGGAGCUGGUGCUGGAAAGGGGAAGAACACAGCCAAGGGCGAAGAGUCACGAAAUUGGAAGACCAAAGGGUUCCCCAAGGGACGCGGCAAAGGAAAAGGGAAGGACACGGCCAAGGGCGACAACACAAGAAAAGGCUUAGGCAAAAAACGUGGCGGCAAAGGCAAAAAGAAAUGA